GUACUAGUCAAUCUGUGUUGCUCUAAUUUCUGAGACACAAUCAGCUUGUGCUGGGAGUAUGAAUGACUGACUUCGGUGUUACAACUUUUACAACUAACUGUUUUAAACUCAGGACAACAGCAUGGCUAGAGGUGGAGAUGCGUGCACUAGACAAUGGUGGUUAGGAGUAUUGCAGAACAAUCUAUUAGUGAUUUUAACGGUCCUUGGAGCUACAGUUGGGUUUGCUCUCGGAGUUGGAUUAAGGGAAACGGAAAUGUCUCAAGAUGCAAUAAUAUGGUUAGGUAUCCCAGGUGAGAUGUAUAUGAGAAGUUUAAAGAUGAUGAUUUUACCUUUAAUUAUUUGUAGUGUUAUAGCAGGAACGGCGUCACUGGAUCCCAAGUCAAAUGGCAAAAUCAGUGUGGUAGCGCUGGUUUACAUAAUUAUUACAAAUUGUUUACCGUGUCUGGUUGGCAUGGGGAUGGCACUAAUUAUAAGACCAGGUGAAGGCGUGUCUGCAUCAAGUAAUCAAAGAGAAAUAAAGGCACCUGUCAUGGAAACAGCUGAUAUAUUCGCAGAUUUACUCAGGAAUGUUUUUCCCGACAAUAUAGUAGCUGCUUGUUUUCAGCAGUCACAAACAAAGUAUGAAAUAUUAGAGAAACAAGUACUUGAAAUGAAUACAACAAGUGACCUUGUUAAUUCAACUGUAAUCACUAAACUCAAGAAAAUAGGAAUCGCCUACUCUACCAAUGUACUUGGUAUCGUGGUGUGUUGUUUGUUUUUUGGCAUCGCAACAACUUCAGUGGGUGAACUGGGUAAACCCUUCUUCUUGUUCUUCCACUCGGCUAGUGAAAUAAUUUUAAAGAUCCUUAGAACAAUGGUCUGGUCGACUCCUAUUGGUGUUGCCAGUCUUAUAGCUGUAGCUCUAGUUAAAUCUAGUGGAUUAGAGGACACGUUUAAAUCAAUGGGGAUGUUCACCUUGACUAUAUUUUGUGGUAUUGCUAUAUAUCAACUCCUGAUCGUACCAUUGUAUUAUUUUGCUAUAAUGCGAACUAAUCCCUAUAAGUUUUUAGCCAGUAUGUCCAGGCCAUGGAUGGUUGCCGUUGCUACAGCUAGCUCAGCUGUGGCAAUUCCAGAAACAUUAAAUCGUUUAGAGACGACUAAUAAAGUAGAUAAAAGAAUUUCUAGAUUCGUAGUACCUUUAGCUUCAACUAUAAAUCGUGAUGGUAGUUCAUUGUAUAUCACUGCAGCCUGUAUAUUUAUAGCCCAACUUGCAAAUCAUGAUUUAGAUGCUGCUAAAAUUAUGCUUAUAUGGAUUCUAACAACGGUGAUAUCACUAGCUGUACCAUCAGUACCAAGUGCUGGUGUCAUGGCCGUAUUAAUUAAUCUAACAGCUCUAGGUAUUCCUGCUGAUAACAUCGGUCUUCUGUUUGCUAUGGAAUGGCUACUUGAUCGACUUAGGACUGGAUCAAAUAUGUUAAGUCAUGCGUGUUGUACCAUGGUUACCUACAAAUUAUGUAAAUCAUCCCUUCCGCCAUUAUCAGAGAAAGGUGAUAAUAUCGAGAUUAUAGUAGAAAAUUCAAUAAAACGUCGACUGUCUUCAAUGCAUAAUGCAGAACAUGCGCCUUUAAACUAUCCAGAAGUAAAUGAGAACAAUGAACACACGGUACUAUAAGUAGAAGACUUUAAUGCUACAAACUUAAGGCACCUUUAACGUGUGAUCAGAAUUGCCUACAGAAAUUUGCAGUAUUAAUAUAGAAAACAAGCAGAAUCCAUCCUAUAGUAUAGUUAAAAUACCUCCAGUGGAUAAAUUCGGAUAACUUUUGUAAGAACAAGUUAUUCGCCAUUAGCAGCAUAGCCUAUACAUUGACUUCCUAGUGCUUUUAAUAUCGGUGCUAUUAUUUGUUUGAAGAUUUAUGUAUGUUUUUAUACGCCCACAUUGAAAUGUGGUCGUAUAUUGUCGUCGCCCCCGUCCGCCCGUCCGUCCGUCCGUCGGUCCGGCGUCCACAAUUGCUUGUGGACGCUCUAGAGACUAAAGUGAAUAUCCGAUUGACUUUAAAUUUAUAUACAGUGUUUAAGACCAUGAGACGAAGAAGCCAAUUGAUUUUCAGCGAUUUCCAAUAAUUACUGCCAGAGUUAUGGCCCUUGAUCACUUCAAAAAAUCUUGUAGACGCUCUAGAGGCCAAAGUUAAUAUCCGAUUGACUUUAAAUUUAUACACAGUGUUUAAGGUCAUGAGACAAAGAAGCCUGUUGAUUUUCAGCGAUUUCCGAUAAUUACUGCCAGAGUUAUGGCCCUUGAUCACUAAAAAAAAUCUUGUGGACGCUCUAGAGGCCAAAGUUAAUAUCCGAUUGACUUUAAAUUUAUACAGUGUUUAAGGUCAUGAGACGAAGAAGCCUAUUGAUUUUCAGCGAUUUCCGAUAAUUACUGCGAGAGUUAUGGCCCUUGAUCACUUCAAAAAAUCUUUUGGCGCUCUAGAGGUCAAAGUUAAUAUCCGAUUGACUUUAAAUUUAUACACAGUGUUUAAGGUCAUGAGACGAAGAAGCCUAUUGAUUUUCAGCGAUUUCUGAUAAUUACUGCCAGAGUUAUGACACUUGAUCACUUCAAAAAAUCUUGUGGACGCUCUAGAGGCCAAAGUUAAUAUCCGAUUGACUUUAAAUUUAUACACAGUGUUUAAGGUCAUGAGAUGAAGAAGCCUAUCGAUUUUCAGCGAUUUCCAAUAAUUACUUCCAGAGUUAUGGCCCUUGAUCACUUCAAAAAAUCUUGUGGACCUCUAGAGGCGAAAGUUAAUAUCCGAUUGAUUUUAAAUUUAUACACAGUGUUUAAGGUCAUGAGACGAAGAAGCCUAUUGAUUUUCAGCAAUUUCUGAUAAUUACUGCCAGAGUUAUGGCUCUUGAUCACUUCAAAAAAUCUUGUGGACUCUCUAGAGGUCAAAGUUAAUAUCCUAUUGACUUUAAAUUUAUACACAGUGCUUAAGGUCAUGAGACGAAGAAUCCUAUUGAUUUUCAGCAAUUUACGAUAAUUACUGUCAGAGUUAUGGCCUUGAUCACUUUGAAAAAUCUUGUGGACGCUCUAGAGGCCAAAGUUAAUAUCCGAUUGACUUCAGAUUGAUACACAGAGUUUAAGAUCUUGAGACAAACAAGUAUAUUGAUUUUCAAUGAAUUUUUAUGACUUGGAACAGCUAAAUCCAUGAUACAGUAUUAAAAGUUUUGUAUACAAAACGUUAGCAUGGGGCAGAACUUUAUAAAAACCAAACAAAUUCUAAUGGUUUUCUAAGUUAUUGCUCUUAAUCAGAUUUUAGUGUAUUAUAAAUGUUUCAUUACCGAAAAAAGUAAAAAUAUGCGACAACUCUUGUUGACUGCCCGGACGAUUUAGCUGCUGUGGGCGUAUGUUUCGUUGCCUGGCAACCUAUCUUUAUGAUAUUAUGAUGACGAUAAUAGUAUUAUUUGACAUAAUCCCUAAUGGUUCAGAAAAUUAGGACGUUAAACCCCAUUUUAUUUUAUUUUUGUUAUCUACAAAUUAUAAUGAAAUCAGACCUGCACUGUAUGAAUAUGGAAUACACUAAAGUGACAAAAUCAUCAUUUAACACCAUCAAUGAAAACUAUUUUUUAAUUUUUAUUUUAUGAAAACAAUAUGUAUAUAAAAUGUAACACCAAUAAUAUUUGCUCAGAUCAAAAUACGCCUAUGUUGUUAUUACAUUCAAGGGACAUACAAUGGCUCGUGGGCGCUCUAGAUACCAAAGGUUAGCAUGGGGCAGAAUUAGAAGCCAAACAAAUGCUUAUGAUAAUUACUUAAUGGGUUGUUACUCUUAAUUAGAGUUUAGUGUCUUUCAUUAAAGACGAAAGAAAUAUUCUGCGUCUGUACCGAGUGAGCUAAAAAGAAUUCCCCACGACCAUACCAGUAGGAACUUGGAUAGUAGAUUUAAAUUCGAAACACCACUAUUACCACAAUUACACAACACACCAUAUAGUUAGGCCUACACCCCUGCUACAAAUACAUUCAACUAUUGAUAUUGAGCCAAGCAAAUCAAUUAAAUCAUACAAAUAGGUAAUCUUUUAAACAAUAUACUAUGAUUCAUGCCAAUAUUAUUCCCAAAGUGUGUCUUCGCUAAGGACGUUUUGAUUGUGGAUACGUGUUCUAAACAUUAAAAUGGCAAUCUGUGUUUUAAAAGAAAACACGAUAUGGUAAACCCAUGCAUGGUCUGCGUGUACUGAUUUCGGCAAAGAGUCAUGGAGUAUACAGUACUUUAUAAAACCAGAUGUCUCACAAGAUCUGAGAAAAGUCUUAAACCCAUCUAAAGCCCAUGAGACUUUUAUUUUUCGUCUACAUUUUGUUGGACAGUUUUACUGUGGUGUUUGUUAUUAUUGAUCAAUCUUAGCUGAAAAUCAAACUAUGAUAUGUCAUUGUUUAGGAAUCUUAGCUAAUAUUCAAACUAUGAUAUGUUAUUGUUUAUCAAUCUUAGCUAAAAUUCAAACUAUGAUAUGUCAUUCAAUCAGCCUGAAUUAAGAAUCAAACUACGAUAUUAUAUCUUUCAGUCAGUCUGAACUACGAAUCAUGGUUUUUGGGGUUUUUUUUUCUCAUUUUUGUAGUUAUCAAUCAAUCUUAUCUGAGAAUGAACUUAUGAUAUCUCAUUUUUGGUUAUUAUCCAUCAAUCUUAACUAAUAGUCAAGUGAUGAUAUCGUUUUGUUUGUUAUUAUUAGUUUGUUUGACAUCACAUUGUUUUUCCAACUGAAUAAAGUUUUUAAAAUACA